AUGUCAGAGAGAUUCGCCUUCCUGUAUAGGCUUUCAGACUUGGGCUUCAUUCGAAUCAGCUUGGAGCCCAGUACUAUAGCAAAGUCUGGCUCGAUGCAACCAGCAAAACCAAUCGCGACUGUCGAUCUUGCGAAUCGCAAAUCCAAGGACUCUCACUCGAAGAAGAAGGUCGUGAAGAAGAACUUGUUUACUUCAGUUCCUGAAAAUCUUUUGCCGGAUAUUGUCAAAGAACCUGCUGAUUUCUCUUCGAUUUCUGAGAUUUCGGACGCCGAUGAAAGCUUUGCACUAGCUUCGUUGGAACCGUUCAAUCUGCCUCUAACAUCUACAAUCAAGAUCAACAAAAAUGAGUCCGAUCUUUCAUCGGAUGAUUAUCAUUUGAAAAUAUUGAACGGUUCUAAGAUCAUUUCAUUGCAGGCAGAAGUAUUGGCAGAUCUUCUCAAACAAGCUCGAAAUCAAGUUUCAAACACAAUUGAUACAGACGCCCGGUCUAAGAGACUUUUGGAUGUACUUGUUAAGAUCAUUGUAAAGGAGCUCUAUGCAGUGCCUCAAAAGAAGGACCGUUUGACUGAACUUGUUUUGAUGAAAACUCGUAUUGUGUCGCUGUGUUUCUUGAUUUGGAUUAUUGCAGUAUCGGUGAUUUUGUUCUUCAAUUCAAGCUCUGGAGGAUCUUUUAUUGGACUGCCGCCUACUUGAUCUAUUGCCUAUAAGAUAAGGAUCCUUGUUUGGCUCAGUAGGUGAAAUAACUAUGGU